ACUUACAGCUUUCCUUCUUUUUUUUUGUUAAAGUCAGAGAAAAGCAGGUGAUUAGGUCAAUGUCUCAGAAUGUGGCACGGGGACUUCUAAUGGUCCGUAUGGAGUUUCCUGGAGGUCCUCGGGAGCAACACUUAAGAAAAAAGAAAAGAGAAAAAAAAACAAUUAGCGAUUUUUUUUUUAUGACCCAGUUCCCACUUUUCCUUUCUGCAACACAACUCACAAAGUGAGCGAAUAAAUAAGUAAAUAAAUGACACAAAUAAGUAGAGAGAACAUAGAUUUCUUUUUCAGUUUGUUUUUUAUGUGUUUAAUAAUGUCGUAAAAGGGUUCUUGCACGGCGCUGCGCGAUGUGCAAAAAAAAAAAAAAAAAGUUUGGGAAACGCUUAGAUUAUAACGCGCCGCUUUGAUGCUCGUGUUGCUUCGUUAAAGUAGCUGCCUGCGUAGAAGCCCCAUCCCGACCUCUCCCUGACCCUUGCUCACCCUUUCCAACCCCGGGCCCCUGCCACUUUAAAAUUUACUGCGGAGAGGAGCCUCUUCCGUCCAGGGACAGGGGCAGGAGACAGUCCCGUGUCUUGUUAUUGUUUUGUUUUUUGUCUUUGAGUUGCCCCUCUCUUUGGCACACGGGGACGGACACGCAGGAUCUUUCUCCGCGAGACAAUACGCAAAUGAGAAAUAUCACAACACAAAACUGUCCGCGAGGCGCAAAAUAAGGGGCGAUGCCUGCAGUCAACCCCCUUCUGAAUCUCUCCGCUAUCAUACAGACGACACAUCCCGACUGGCUGAGGAGGAGGAGGUGGGGGGUGAGAGGAAGAGAAAAAUGAAAAGUUGAAUGGCUACUAGAGGACACCUGGGUGCGUCAGGACAGGAGGGGUGACAAGAGAGGCGCGGACGAGCCGAACGAAGCGCACGCAGCUAAAAGUUGGGAGCGAGUUGAUGUACCGGAGGGGAUUUAGUUGCGAGCCGCGGUGUCUAUAGGACAGUGAGAGGAGAAUUAACGGAGUCAGCGCUGUCUGUGAGACAGGAUAGUGAGGGAGGAUUUCCUUUUACCGACCGCGCGGUGUCUGAGAGACAGUAAAGUGAGAGCGCACCGGCGAGAAGUCGACUCCUCCUGCGGCUCGGAGACCCGGAGACGCGCCGCUACAGAAACACACACAUACACACUGGUGAUUUAUUUUUAUUUUUUACUAUGAUAAAAAUCUGGAGAAUGCGCCGUAGCGAAAUCAUUUUCUACUUUUAAUGUUUCUGUGACCGCUUCGCUCAUUCACCUUUUUGAAAAAAGGACUUUUCGGCACUUUUUCUUUUAUCGGUUAACGACGCAGUUAUUAUCCCAAGAGGUUUUAACUGACGCACGCCGCGAGAACAAAUUUACACGAUCUUGGAUGGGUCAGGCAAUGUAAAAUUCUGCGUGGAUGCCAGCAAACCAGAUAUCGGCAGCUGGCUGAAGCACAUCCAGUUUGCCCCUGUGGCCAAGCAGCAUAACCUGACCGCGUGCCAGAUAGAUGAUCAGAUCUUCUACAAAGUCACCAGAGAGAUUUAUCCUGGUCAGGAGCUGCUACUUUUCAUGAAGGCUGAAGAGUAUUCAUGUGACACGAUGGCCCCCGAUAUUCACGAGGAGAGGCAGUACCGCUGUGAAGACUGCGACCAGCACUUUGAGUCCCGCAGCCAGCUGCUGGACCACCAGAAGCAGCCAUGUGGGAUGCCCCCCUCAUCCUUCCUCAACCCAGGAGGAGACAAUGAUCUGAAGGCUCAAGAACCUCAAGACUUGCGACCCCUUCACAUGUCCCAUGGACUACAUGAGUGUAAGGAGUGCGACCAAGUCUUCCCUGAUAUCCAGAGCUUGGAGGCUCACACUCUGUCCCACUCUGAGGAGAGGGAAUAUAAAUGUGACCAGUGUCCCAAGGCCUUCAACUGGAAAUCAAACCUGAUUCGGCAUCAGAUGUCGCACGACAAUGGCAAGCACUAUGAGUGUGAAAACUGCUCAAAGCAGGUGUUCACAGACCCCAGUAACCUACAGAGGCACAUUCGCUCACAGCACGUUGGGGCACGUGCCCAUGCCUGCUCUGACUGUGGCAAGACGUUCGCAACGUCUUCGGGCCUCAAACAGCAUAAGCACAUCCACAGCAGUGUCAAGCCCUUCAUGUGUAAGUCACUAAGACCCUACCUAUGUGAGGUAUGCCACAAGUCCUACACCCAGUUCUCUAACCUUUGCCGCCAUAAGCGCAUGCAUGCUGACUGCCGUACACAGAUCAAGUGCAAGGACUGUGGACAAAUGUUCAGCACCACCUCUUCCCUCAACAAGCAUCGGCGCUUCUGCGAAGGAAAGAAUCAUUUCACAGCAGGGGGGUUGUUUGCCCACGGUAUGCCACUCCCUGGUGGCCCUGGUUUGGACAAAUCAGCUCUUGCGAUGGGUCACAGCAGUGCUGGGCUGGCUGAUUAUUUUGGGGCUAGCCGUCACCAUAGUGGGCUCACCUUCCCUGCUGCCCCAGCGUUUCCUUUCAGCUUCCCUGGCCUGUUCCCCUCUGGACUCUACCACCGGCCACCGCUCAUUCCUGCCACCACUUCUCCUGUCAGACAACCUGCCCAUGCACCUCUUGCUGGGCCUGGUGCAGAGCAGAGUAAGAGUCCACUGCUGCCUCUGAGCCCUGGUGCUCAGGAGUCUCAAGAGCUCCUCAAAGCGCUCCGUAAAGAUGGUGGGUCACCUGGAAAUCAGAUGCCAGGCUUAGAACUCCAUACCCAGGGUUCUUCAUCCUCCAUGAAGCAGCAGAACAAGCAGAGUGACCAGUCAGAAAGCAGCGACCUGGAUGAUGUCAGCACGCCCAGCGGAAGUGAUCUGGAGAGCACGUCAGGCUCCGAGCUUGAGAGCGACAUGGACAGUGAAAGAGAAAGGGGGGCUGCUCGGGAAAAUGGCAAAGGUCCCAAGAGGAAGGCCAGUGAAGGAGGCCCCCAAAGUCCUAGCCUGAUGGGCAGCAGUGCUGCUAAAGACUUUCCAGGCCCUUCCCUCAUCCCAUCCUCACUGGACGAGCACACAGCUGUAACAGGGGCUGUGAAUGACUCUAUUAAGGCCAUUGCCUCCAUUGCUGAGAAGUACUUUGGCUCAACAGGGCUAGCUGGCCUGCAGGACAAGAAGGUUGGGUCUCUGCCAUAUCCCUCUAUGUUCCCACUGCCUUUCUUCCCAGCUUUCACUCCUCCAGUUUACCCCUUCCCAGACAGGGACCUCAGACCUGCAGGCCUGAAGGGUGAGCCACAGUCACCAGCAGAUGACUGCAAGAAAGCCCAAGGCAAAUCUUCCUCAGAGUCACCAUUUGACCUCACCACCAAGCGAAAGGAGGAAAAGUGUGCUCCAUUUGCUCCCUCAAAACCAGAGGUUUCACACACUGUUGGUCAGGAUCAGCCGCUAGAUCUGAGCCUGGGGUCCAGGGGCCGUGGACGUAACCCAAGAGAGGAGGAGACCAAGAAGAAUCUGAGUUAUGAAGAGGAGAAGGGAGUGGUGGAGAUCCCAAAAGCAGACACCUCUUUACAACAUGCUAGGCCAACCCCUUUCUUCAUGGACCCCAUCUAUAGCAGGGUUGAGAAGAGGAGAAUGAGCGAUCCGUUUGAGACUCUGAAAGACAAGUAUAUGCGACCAGCUCCGGGCUUCCUCUUCCAUCCACAGUUUCGUUUGCCAGAUCAGAGAACUUGGAUGACGGCUAUUGAAAACAUGGCGGAGAAGCUGGAAACGUUCAGCUCCUUGAAGCCAGAGACUGGUGACCUGCUGCGCUCCGUCCCCUCCAUGUUCGACUUCAGAGCCCCGCCUUCUGCACUUCCUGAGACACUGCUGCGCAAGGGCAAGGAGCGCUACACAUGCAGAUACUGUGGAAAAAUAUUCCCUCGCUCUGCCAACCUGACCCGCCAUCUCAGGACUCAUACAGGAGAGCAGCCGUACAGGUGUAAAUACUGCGACCGCUCCUUCAGCAUCUCCUCCAAUCUGCAGCGUCACAUUCGCAACAUCCACAACAAGGAGAAGCCCUUCAAGUGCCACCUGUGUGACCGCUGCUUCGGUCAGCAGACCAACCUGGACCGCCACCUCAAAAAGCACGAGAAUGGAAACCUGUCAGGAACUGCAAUGUCGUCUCCACAGUCUGAGCUGGACAGCAGCAGCGCCAUACUGGACGACAAAGAGGACUCUUAUUUUAAUGAAAUAAGAAAUUUCAUCAGCAACACAGGCCAGAACCAGACAUCCCCGGACCCCUCUGAAGAAGGGUUAAAUGGAGGUCCAUUUGAAGAAGAGAAGCCACUGAUGGCCACCCGCGGGUCACGUGACCUGGAGGACGAGGAAGCGGAGGAGCUCGGCGCUGACGAAGAAGAAGGGGAAGAGCGCAGCAACACCCCUGAGAAAGAAGAAGGCAAGGUGCUUCCUAGCAGCCUCAGCGACGACAUGAUACAAGACGAGAUGGAUUUCAGUGAGCCAAACGACUUGAACCUCAGCUGUAAAACCUCCCCAAAGAGGUAUAAGGAGGAGGAGGAGCAGAGCAGCUACUCAGCUCUGGAUCAUAUUCAUCGCUUUUCUGACAUGCGCAAGCUGGAGGAGAGUGAGCUGAGUGACGGGGACGGAGACGAGGACGACGGAUCGUUUGGCUCUCCCUCUCUGGCUGAGGCCGUCAAACAGCCACUCUUUAGGAAAUCUAAGUCUCAGGCGUAUGCCAUGAUGCUGUCUCUGGCUGAGAAGGACUCCCUCCACCCAGCCACCCACACCCCGGCCACCAUGUGGCACAGUCUGGCACGGGCUGCUGCUGAAUCCAGUGCCAUCCAGUCCCUCAGCCAUGUAUGAUGACUCACCUCGGAGCCGACCCUCUCACCUCUCAGUCCCCCAACCCUGACCUACCUACGGCACUGGGAGUCCAUUGCGGGGGCUAUCUGCAGGGGCUCCUGAUCGUCCACAGAGUGACUGCUGAGCAGAACCACGGCCCAUCUGACUGCCUUACACACAAAGCAGGGUCACUGUCCACCCAGAACCCAGCCCAACCCUCAAGCCCCAAAUAUAAACCUCCAGCAGAUAGAGAGCAAAAUGUCCCCCCGAGACCUUAAAAUUGAUCUUCCAUCAGCACCCACCAGGAUGUGAUGAAAAUAAUAAUUCUAAAGUAAUAAUAGCUGUAUUUAUUCUUCUGAAUUUCUAUGUUUUGCACAGCAAAGGCAGCUGAUAGAUACGGAAGAUGGACGUGCUGAUGUGUCAUCACUAGACUGAAUUUAUUUCCCAGCACGUACAAGGAGAGGAGAGGAGAACCCUAAGACAGAGUGAGAUUAGUUGUGUCUCUAAGACAGCCGGUUUCAGCCCAGCAUGUUUCACAGUGUGUAAAGCAUUAGAACCAGAAACAAGAAUUCCCUUUAACCUCCGGAGAGCCACAGGUGUUUCUCAUAAAUACAUGUACUUGAUGAUAAAAAUGAAAGGUGGGGCGAGCGACCUCGGUUCAGAUGAAAACCGCUCCAUGUAAGGACAGCACUAGCGGCGCUUUAAUAUCACUGAAGUCAUUGAAGAACAAAUUUGGAAAAAAAAUAAAUAAAUAAUGGAAUUGUUAAACUGUAAUCAGGCCAGUUUCCCAUCUGCGUUUUCAUAGCUGCGUGUGUCUGCACAAUCAUAGCACUGUACACAAGUGUCUAACAACUGUUCUCCACUGCACUCCAUCCUGCCCGCCUGCGCUAUCUGUGAAAGGAUAUAAAUAGAUUGUCUUUUUAGUGGAAGAGAAGAAAACACAAUGUUUGUUUUUGUUUUUUUGGUUUUUUAAACUGAGAUACGUAGCCAGUGCUAAUUGUUGUUCUGUAAAGGGCAUUUGUCUUUUUUCAAAACCCUUGAAUCCAUCCUAGUCCACCAACAAUACCACUAAAUAGCCUGAAUGCUAGUCGUUAGCUACUCCAUGCUUGUAUGUCUUUCAUUUUUAGACAAUCAUGAUUUUGUUUUCUUGUUUGUUUUUUUGUUGUUGUUCUUUUUUUUUUUGUUGGUGUUGUUGAUGUUAUUUGCUGUUGUAUUUUGAGAAUUGUAUUUAUUUCUUGGCAAACUGUAGUUUGUUUACUGAAUAGCACUGCUCUUAGCCCAGGUGAAGGGGAGAUUCCUGACCGGGCCUAUUCCAGAGUUCAAUGGGGUUUGUAGAUUACAUUUGAGUGCCGGGUAGUAUUAAACAUACAAUUCACUCCUUAUUCUACUAAUGAAAACCGGUCGAUGAAUAGAUAUUACUUAGGUUUUUUUUUUCUAUGACAAUUUAAUGAUUCAAUUGUAAAAAAUGAAAACCAUUAUAAAGAAUGAAUAAUUAAAAAAAAAAAAAAAAAGCCAGGUAUAAUUUCUUCAUAAGCGCAUGAUUGGUCUGGUAAGAUCUGUAUCUGACAUUUUCUACGGUUGUCUGCAAGCUUGUGUGAUGUUCGGUUCAUGUUAAUCCCUUGUGCCAAACUUAUGAUAAAUAACGGAUUACUUUCAUUUAUUCUCCCGUUUUGAGGGACCAGAUUUCUGUUUUUUUUUUUUUUGUUUUUUGUCGUUGUUUUGUUUAUAAUCGAUUUUAAAAAGUAAUCAGCAAGUUGAGGUACUUUGUUUUAAUGCUUUCUACAAUGUAACUGUUAUGCAUUUCAAUUCAAUACUGUGGGAGGAACAACUAAGAAAUAAAGGACUACAAUGUGGAUUGA